GUGGGACCACAUCAUCCCACCAACUUGUUGAAUCUUUUGGGUACUUCGUUUUUCCUAUCUUCAAUCGAUAAGACGAGUGUUUUUUACUCCACCAAACAACCUAAUUCGAGUACCACGGAUCAAAGAUUUCAUUUUUUUUCAUACAUCAAUUCGUGUGUUUGUGAACUAGAAUUCAAGAAAAUCAAUGGAUCCAUCGAAAACAAAGACAGAGACAUUGGAUCGGACACUCCACGCAGUGGGGUUCGAGAUAGGCGAGCUGUCGCCGAGCAAGGUGACGGGGCGGCUGCCGGUGACGGAGAAGUGCUGCCAGCCGUUCAAGGUGUUGCACGGCGGAGUUUCGGCGCUGAUAGCGGAGGCUCUGGCGAGCAUGGGGGCCCACAUGGCGUCCGGGUUCCGGAGAGUGGCCGGAUUCCACCUGGGCAUCCACCAUCUGAAGAGUGCCCGGAUCGGCGACCUCGUCCUCGCCGAGGCCACGCCGGUCAACGUCGGGAACACCAUUCAGGUCUGGGAAGUGAAGCUCUGGAAGGUUGACCCAUCGGACGAAGAUAAACGAGUGAUGAUAUCUUCUUCUAGGGUUACUCUCUUGGUCAUGGCUGUUCCUGAACACGCCAAAGAUGCUGAUGUUAAUCUCAAGAAAUUUGCUAAGUUGUAAUCCAAUUUCAUUCUGUUUCUGGGCAAUCAUAAUUUGCAGAAUUCUAAUCGGAAUCAGAGACAUAAUAAGAUUGAAUUUUGCUUUGUAUUUAGCCUCUAUGCAUUAUCUUCUGAUGAAUGAUUGAUUGAACUUUGUUUGGCCUGAUC